UGAAGAAAGUCAAACUCCCAAACAGGAGCCCGAGAAGUAGAGAGCAUAGCAGAGGAUCAUCCGCCCAACAGCACACAACAGAUUUGCGGACAGCAGUGUCUCAGUGAAACCUGUGAAAACCUCCAGCUGUAACACGUGCCUGUGAGAAGAACUCGCGCUGGAUGUAACAGACACGCACCAGCAACUAUGUGCACGGGAACCGGGAAAGAGACGUACGGGUGUCAGCGCAACUUUAUCCUGCUCCUCUGGCUGAUCAUAGCCAACUGCGACGCAGAGAUUCUCUCAGACCCAAACGUGGUGGCCGCCUCCAACUGGAACAUGUCCAGCGGAGCUGAAAGAGGUCACUUCUUAAGGUUGGAUGCUCCCAUGAAUAACAUCACUACCUCUCAUGGUCAGAUGGCUGAGUUACAUUGCCAUGUUUCAGGGAACCCACCACCCAUUGUGCGCUGGCUAAAAAACGAUGCCCCUGUGGUCCAGGAACCGCGACGGAUCUCUUUGAGACCGACUUCGUACGGCUCACGUUUAAGAAUCCGAAACCUGGACACCACGGAUACCGGCUACUUUCAGUGUGUGGCUACCAACGCAUAUGGCACAGUAUCCACCACAGGAAUUUUGUUCGUCAAAUUUGAUCCGCAUCCCACCCCUCUGUCUGGAAGACCCCCAAUAGAUGAGGCGGAUGAGGAUGGUUUCUGUCAACCUUACAGGGGCAUCGCUUGUGCCCGCUUCAUUGGAAACAGGAGUAUCUUUGUGGCCUCGCUGCAGAUGCAAGGCGAGAUCGAGACCCAAAUCACAGCUGCGUUCACCAUGAUCGGCACCUCUAACCACCUAUCGGAUCGCUGCUCCCAGUUCGCCAUCCCUUCCCUGUGCCACUUCGCCUUCCCGGCGUGCGAUCACAGCUCUGGCAUAGACAAACCGCGGGACUUGUGCAAGGAUGAGUGCGAGAUUUUGGAAAAUGACCUGUGCAAGACCGAGUACAUCAUUGCACGCUCCAACCCCCACAUCCUCAAACGCCUCAAACUGCCCAACUGUGAAGACCUGGCUCCUUCGGACACCCCAGAGGCUGCCAACUGUAUGAGAAUAGGCAUCCCGAUUGCUGAAACCAUAAACAAAAGCCACAAAUGUUACAACAACAGCGGUUCUGACUACCGGGGCACAGCCAGCGUGACGAAAUCCGGUCGACAGUGUCAACCGUGGAAUUCACAGUAUCCUCACAGUCAUACCUUCCUGGCCAUGCGAUACCCAGAGCUGAACGGGGGACAUUCCUACUGUCGUAACCCUGGGAACAAGCACGACGCUCCCUGGUGCUUCACUCUGGAUGACAGUGUACGGAUGGAGCUCUGUGACAUUCCUCCAUGUGACUUGCCAAAGCAUGGCGGCAGCAGUAUGGGGAUCCUGUACAUCCUGGUACCGAGUGUGACUAUACCGCUGGCCAUCGCCCUGUUGUUCUUCUUCAUCUGUGUUUGCCGAAACAACCAGAAAGCUUCACGCUCGCCUGCUCCGCGGCAGCCCAAGCCGGUACGCGGCCAGAACGUGGCGAUGUCAAUGCUCACCGCCUACAAACCAAAGAGCAAAGCCAAAGAGCUUCCUCUAUCCGCUGUCCGCUUCAUGGAAGAGUUGGGUGAGAGUGCCUUUGGUAAGGUCUACAAAGGUCACCUGUACCUGCCAGGCAUGGAGCAUGCUCAGCUAGUGGCCAUAAAAACACUAAAAGACGUCUCGAACGCACAACAUUGGGGAGACUUCCAGCAGGAGGCAUCUGUCCUGUCAGAACUUCAUCAUCCCAAUGUGGUUUGUCUUCUGGGUGUCGUGACCCAGGAGCAGCCUGUCUGCAUGCUCUUCGAGUUCCUGGCCCAGGGCGACCUCCACGAGUUCCUCAUUAUGCGCUCGCCCCAUUCAGAUGUGGGCUGCAGUAGUGACGAAGAUGGCACCGUGAAGUCCAGUCUCGACCACGGAGACUUCUUGCACAUGGCCAUUCAGGUUGCUGCCGGGAUGGAGUAUCUCGCGAGCCAUUUCUUCGUCCACAAGGACCUUGCGGCAAGAAACAUCCUGGUUGGCGAGCAGCUUCAGGUUAAGAUUUCUGACCUGGGAUUGUCCAGGGACACCUACACCUCGGAUUAUUACAGGGUCCAGCCCAAAACUCUGCUUCCCAUACGCUGGAUGUCACCAGAGGCCAUGGUUUAUGGGAAGUAUAGCACAGACUCGGACAUUUGGGCAUUUGGCGUGGUCCUGUGGGAGAUCUUCAGUUUCGGCCUGCAGCCCUAUUAUGGUUUCAGCAACCAGGAGGUGAUGGAAAUGGUGCGAAAGAGACAGCUGCUGCCCUGCCCGGAGGACUGCCCACCUCGCAUGUACACGUUGAUGACCGAGUGCUGGCAGGAGGGCCCCGCUCGCCGGCCACGAUUCAAAGACAUCCACGCCCGUCUGCGUGCCUGGGAGGGCCUGUCCUCCCACGCCAGCUCCAGCACUCCAUCCGGAGGGAACGCCACCACCCAAACUACCUCACUGAGCGCCAGCCCCGUCAGCAACCUUAGCAGCCCGCGCUACGCCGGAUAUAUCUAUGGAGCUCCGCAGAGUCUCCCACCCGGACAGAUUGCGGGCUUUAUGGCGGCGUCGAUGCCACAGAACCAGCAUUUUAUACCUGUGAACGGAUACCCCAUCCCUCCAGGCUACGCUGCUUUCCCCGCCGCUCAUUUCGCAGCUUCUCAAGGCCCUCCGCAGGUAGUGCAGCACUGCCCGCCGCCCAAGAGCAGGUCACCCAGCAGUGCCAGUGGCUCCACCAGUACAGGUCAUGUGACCAGCGUGCCUUCCACAGGCUCCAAUCAUGAUGCCAACACACCUUUACUCUCUCACUGUGUCACGCUGACACCCAUGACGGGCACAAUGCCAGUUUUUGGACAUAUGACGCAAAAGGGCUUGCAGAUAGACCCAUCGCAAGCGGCGCUGCUUGCUGACACUGGCCGACUGUUGUACAGUGAAUCUAUUAUUACUGCCGAUUUGUGAAUACGUAUUUUCACUUGUAUUUUGAUAAUUAUUGAUAUUGUAAUGUUUUUUAUCUUUGUAAAUAUAAAAUAGCCUCAACGAAAUGCGAAAGUUUAUAUUGUUAUGAUGCGUAAAUGUGUUUGAAAGAAAAGGACACUCGUCUCACCUCAUCUCUAGGACAGAUGAUAUUGAUACAAUGCAAAACCUGAAACUUUUUCUACAGUAACUUCAUGGCAGAAAAGCCUUAACAUUUUAAAAGAGACUAAAUUUCGACUUACAACACGGAGUUGUUUUAAAAUUACCAUGGGUUUGUCUAAACCAUCUGUCUUUAUUUUUACCUACUGAUGACUUGAAGGUUUUAAAAAAAUCUCUUUUUUCCCUAUACAGAAUAUGUACUUGUACAUUGAUGGCAAUUAUAUUUUAAAGUAUUAAAUAUUUGCCAUUUUCAUAUGAUCACAAGUAUGAAUGAAAAUCUGCUAUAUACUCCUAGGGGAACCAUUUUUAGUGCUAAACAUCACCUAUGUAGAACCUGUGUACUAUUUAGCACCAAUUUAUAUAUAUAUAUUUUUUUUAUUUUUUUGAGUAUAUAGCAGAAUUUCUAGAAUUUAUGGAAUAGGCUAUAAAUUGGCUAACUAUACAUCACCAGUGCCUUUACAUCAAAAUUAUGAGCAUGUGCCUGUAUGUUCACCAUAUGUGCCUCACAUUAUAUUCCAUUAAAUCAGACCUACACUUUCAGUUUGUGCCUUAAAGGGAUAGUUCACCCAAAAAUGAAAAUUCUGUCAUCAUUUACUCACUCUCAUGUUGUUACAAACCUGUAUAAAUUUUGUUGUUCUGAUAAACACAAAGGAAGAUAUUUUGAGGAAUGUUUGCAGCCAAACCAUUUGCAGACCCCAUUUAGUUCCAUAGUAUUUGAAGUGAAUGGGGUUCACGAAUGGUUUGGUUACAAAAUUUCUCAAAAUAUCUUCCUUUGUGUUCAUCAGAACAAAGAAAUUUAUACAGGUUUGUAACAACAUGAGAGUGAGUAAAUGACGACAGAAUUUCUCUCUUUAUCUCUUUAACCGGGAGCAUAUUUGAAAAUAAUAUUUUUUUUUAGACUGUACGAAUUACAUUUCUUUUAAUUCCUGUCUUCAACAUAUGACAUCACUGUGUGGUAUGUGAAAGCGGUUCUUUAAAUAAUGCAGAGCUUUGUUGUAAUAAAACAAGGUAGUCGCUACCUGUAGAAUGUAAUGUUGUAAUGUUCCUUUAGGGGUCAGUGUCACUCUGUGGCUCUGAUUGAAUGAAGUUCUUUAUAUUUUCUCACAUGGAUUUCCGUGGUUAUACUGUAUGUGCUAUUAUUCUGCUUUUGUUUUGAUAGUUGUUUGUAGCUUGUUUAGAAUCAAUGGAAACUUUACAGAAAUCAAAAGAUUUGAUCCCUGUAAACAAGCAGUGUCAUUUUCAUUUUGGUCUGUUGCUAUGCAACUGUUGAAUUCAAUCAAACUGUUUCCAGUGUUGAAGACAAUCGAGAAUUUACAGCAUUUGUGAAGACGUGAUUGCUUGUGACCUAUGAACUGCCUUUGGGACAAUAAUGUGUCACGAGUAUGUUUCAUGAUAAGAUGGUAUGCAUGAAAAACUGAUGUUUAUAGCAAUGGUUUAUUUUUGUAUGAUAUUGUCAAACAAUUUUACACCAAUAUUGCAGUUUUAUUAUUGUACAUCUGACCAUACAGUGUGUUGGUUGUUAUAAAAACCACUUAAAGAACGAAAGCAGUUAAUGUCAUUUCUUUGACAAUUCGUUGUUGUUGUCAUGAUUUUAAUAUGGAGGUAUUUUAUUUUGAUGUUAUUUUGACUUUUUAAUAAAUAGCCUUUCUAGGCCUCCAUACUAUAUGCCGGCCUCUCUUGUAAAUG